AUGGCUGGGGUACGUGGGCUGAGCCUGCUGCUGGCACUGUGGCUGCCUGUGGUCAGCGCCUCCGAGGCGGGCACUGUGAUCCGAAUCAACAAGGCAAUCCUGAACUACGUGUCGGAAUUCGGGAAAGUCCCUUUCCAAGAGGCCCUAAAGAUCAAUGACGAGCAUUUCCUGGACCAGAGUAGUGACGUGCUUCCGUCUGUCAGGGUCCGAUCACCCCCACCUAUUGUGCAGGGAAAGGGACUUUCACUUGGGGAAGCCGUCACGCUGUCGCUGAGCAGAGAGCUUGGCCCUCAGAAUGGGCAGCCUGGAGGGGGCGUCUCCCCUUGCCUGAGGGCGGCCAGCCAGCGGAGCCCUCAGAACCCCGCGCGGCUUGUGACUCCGGCACUGGGGCCGCCGGGCCUUGGCUUGGCUGCCCGGCUGGCCAGAGAGCUCGCCACCGCCUCACCUCACCGCCGCCUGCUGCAGCCUGGAUUCCCUUGUCGCCCUGCUUGCUGCAGGAUCCAGGUUUUGGAGGCCCACGUGUCCCGCCUCGGCCUGAAAUUCCUCCCCGAUUUUGGCAUUCGCCUGUGGGCAUCGGCCAAUUUCACCGUCAAGGUGUCCUGCAUCCCAGAGUCCCUGGAGCUGUCGCUGCCCGUGAAGUUGCUGUCUGACUUACGUGUGACCCAGAGUUCCAUUGGGACCCCCAAGAUCAGCAUCUCCACCUUCUUCCCAUACUUCGGCCAAGCCACCGUUCUUGAUGACAAUAAAAACCUCUCGCCCGCGCUGCUGAGCAUGGUGCAGAAGGACAUCAAGGCCAUCUUCAACAACAAGCUGAGCCUGAACGUCGCCAACCUGGUGGACGACAUCAAUAUCAACAUGGGCACCAUCAUCGGCCUCAACAACCUGAGUCCUGAGUCCCAAAUCUGCUACUAUGUGAUGAGCGAGCCCAACAUCACCAGUGAUUCCAUCUCCAUGAAUCUCAAUGCUGUUCUCUUCCUCCUGGGCAAACCGGUCAUGCUGCCCCACGACGGCCCCCACUUGGAGCUGCCAGAGCCUGAGAACAACAAGGAUGCGAUGGCCACGCUGACCCUGUCUCAGAACCUGUUUGACGCCAUCCUGAUGCUGCUGCAGAAGGCCGGAGCCUUCAACAUGGACAUCACGGGGCAGCUGAAAUCAGAGGACAACCCACUGAACACCUCAGCACUGAGCCAGUUCAUCCCUGAGAUGGCCGAGCAGUUCCCAGAGCCCAAGCCCGUGGUGCUCAGGGUGCGGAUGACUGUCACGCCCGUGGCCGUGUUCCAGAACAACAGCAUCACAGUGCGGCUGCAGCCCUUAGUGGAAGUCCUGGCCACGUCCUCCAACUCGGCCUUCCAGUCCCUCUUCUCCCUGAAUGUGGUGGUGAACCUGAGCCUUCAGCUCUCCGUGUCCAGGGCGAAGCUCUACGCGACCACAUCCGUGGUGGGGGACGUCUUCCUCGUGGUGGCCUCUUCCAACGUGGGCUCGGUCAACCUGGAUCACAUGCAAACGCUCAUGAACACCGUGUUCCAGAAAUCCCUGCUGGACCACAUCAACGCUCUCCUGGGCCAUGGCAUCUCCCUGCCCACGAUGGUCAACCUCCACUAUGUGAACACUGACGUCCAGAUCCGUGAGCACUACGUGCAGAUUUCCAGUGGACUCUCAUACCACCCUUGA